UAAUUUGGUUUCAAAAGAUCAGAAAUCAUGGCUUUGAAAGCCGUGAAUUGUCUAAUUUUUCUAAUUAUUGCACGUUUUGCCAGUUGUUCCGUUAAGUUUGAAAAAAUCAGUGACUGUCAUUUUUAUGAUAAUUCAUAUAUACCGGGCUAUGACAAUGUCACAUUCAAAUGUGCCGAAAAUGGAAAUGAGCAAAAAAUAUUCCUCAGUGUUCAAUUUCAGUGCUCAAAUCGAAGACCAGAAGAAUACAGAUGGCCGGGGACAGUCGAUUUUCAAAAUUGCCAAUUUCCACAAUUGAAUCGAAAUUAUUUCGAAUUAUUUCCAUAUAUGCACAAAUUCAUCAUUUCGGAUGUGGGCUUGGAAGAUUUGUCAAUGAAAGUGUUUAGUGAAGCCAAACAUGUGACACAUUUGAUCGCUGAUCAUAAUCGAAUCACUGAGUUACCAUCGCACAUAUUUUUCAAUGCGAAUAGGCUAAAAUUCCUAGAUUUUUCGUAUAAUCGCAUACAAAUGAUUCAUAGUUCAGCUUUUGAGGGUGCAAAUAAGUUAGAAACAUUGAAUUUUACGCAAAAUGCUAUACCGAUACUCGAUGAAAAAGUAUUCCAAGAUCUAGCGUUGUUAAAACAAUUGAAUGUGUCACACAACAACAUCAGCCGCAUUGAUUUGACUAGUUUGCCAGUGAAUUUACUGGAAUUGGACCUAUCCAACAAUAGUUUGUCGAGUUUGGAGCACGUGUUUGAUAAAACUACGAAGCUGAAGUAUUUGAAUUUGGCAUUCAAUCCAAUUGGCAAUGUAAAAAUCGAAACAUUUGCUUAUAUGCCCGAUUUGGAAUACCUAAAUUUGAAGCGCACAAACAUAACUAGCAUUGAAUUCGGCACAUUUUCACAUCAUGAGAAGUUAGUUUUUUUUGACUUGUCCGAAAAUCAUUUGAAAAAACUAGAUUUCAAUCUUUUUAUGCCCAUUCUUCCCGAACUGAAGUCAUUAUCACUGGCCGGAAAUCAACUGUCCGAUUUGAGUGGCUUUGAAAACAAGCUCUUUCCACAGUUGAUUCAACUGGAUAUCAAAGGAAACGAUUUUAAUUGCUCCUAUUUACAACGUUUUAUCACUUCUCACAAUUGGGACAGACUUCGUUUGCCGGUCGAUCCAACGGCAGUGAAACCGCGCGAAACCAGCAUCCGAAGCAUCAAAUGUCAUCCUAUAGUUCAAUCAAGCCUAGAGGUUGAGGAACCAAUUUUUAAGAACAAAACACUGGCAAAGGAUUUUAAAUCCACGAAAUCAGCACAAAAAUUAUAUGGCGAAACUUAUCUCAUUUUUAUGUGCAUAAUUAUGUCGUCAUUUUUAAUUAUGUUCGUGAUAGCAAAUCGAGAAAGAAUUUUUCGUCCAAAUGGAGAGAGAAACGCCCACGAAAAACAAUCACAACAUAAUGUGGAAUAUAAAACCGAAAGUUUAUUACUUGAAUACCCUGUGCCAUUUUUGUUCCGUCUUUCAGAAGAUAGCACAAUGAAUCUUCGAACGUUCUGCAUUUUCGUCAUUUGUUCCGACAUUUCGGCCAAAUUUGCCAUUUCAUCGCCGAAAUAUGAACACAUCAGUGCCUGUGACAAUUCGGCUGAAAAUUGUGAUCAAGGGUGUCGACAUUUGAAUUUCACGUGCACCGAAAGUGAUAACGAGAGUAAAUUAUUUUCUACUACAUCCGAGUCGAUUAAGUGUUCGAACGGGGAAUAUUAUCGAUCAAGAUAUGGUGCAAUCGCUUUUAAAAAUUGCCGAUUUCGUGAAAUUGACCGGAAUUUUUUUCAAGUAUUCAAAUAUUUGCACACGCUUAACAUAUCGGAUGUGGAAUUGGAAACGUUGCAAAUAAAAUCAUUUCGUGAUGCAAAGCAAUUGACGACUUUAGUGGCAUCGAAUAAUUAUUUGACGGAAAUCUCGGCCCAUUUAUUUGUCAACGCUGAAAAUCUCAGUUUUGUCGAUUUUUCAAAUAACACAAUUAAAAGCGUCGACCUGUUGGCUUUUGAUGGUGCCAAUUCGCUGAAAACACUCAAUUUAUCACACAAUUUCAUCGAUCAACUUGAUUCAAAUUCACUCUCUACACCCAGCUUAGCGACGGUGGACUUAUCAUUUAACAAUCUAACAAGUUUGAACGAGCACACGUUCGGCAUUUAUUUGAAACAUUUGAAUUUGUCAUGCAAUCCAAUUAGAAGUCUGAAUAUUGACACAUUUGCCUACUUGCCGAAUUUGGAACAGUUGAACUUGAGACGCACGAAUAUAUCCGGCAUUCAGCUGGGCACAUUUUCACAUCAACACAAAUUGACUUCACUGGAUUUAACCGAAAAUAAUUUGAAAACAUUGGACUUCAAUGUGUUUUUGCCUGUUCUUCAUGAUUUACGAUCACUUUUCUUGGGCGGAAACCAGUUGAAAGAGCUGAAGGGAUUUCGAAACGCACUUUUCCCUCAGUUGGUCUUAUUGGACAUGAAAAAUAACCAAUUCAACUGUUCAUAUUUGCAACAUUUUAUGGAGACGGUCAAUUGGGAAAAACUUCACCUUCACAUCGAUCCGAUUUCGGUCAAUACACGGCAAGCAAACAUUCGGGGCAUCAACUGUGUGCAUUUCGAUGAAAAUAGGACGGCUGGUGGAGAUAUGAAUAAUGCAAUUAAAAACAAUAAGCCUGAAUCAGGAAGAGAUGCAUUCAAAGUGGAAAAUCCAAAUAAAUCGACUGAAAUUGGGUCAAACACUUCAACAACUGAUCAAAAAUCGAUCGAUGAUAUUUUCGUCAUUAAAAUUGCAUUGAUUUUUAUUUGCAUCAUUAUGUCAACCUAUUUAAUCGUGUUUUUAGUUCUAAAUCGGCAUCGAUUUGCCAAUCAACCCACAGUAAACUAUUCAGGAAAUUCAGAACAUUCGAACCAAGUCGUUGAAUUCUCGAAUGAAGUAUUGCUGAUCGCAUCGCAAAAUCGACUCAAAGAAAUACCGUCUCUCCUUUUCGUGAAUGCAAAAAAUCUCACGCAUGUUGACUUCUCCAAAAAUACAAUUGGUCGAAUUGAUCCUUUGGCAUUUGCCGGUGCAAACCACAUCGAAUUCUUGGAUUUAUCCCAAAAUAAUUUAACCGAGUUCAGUGAUCAGUUAUCCAAAUGUUUGACGAGCAUAGAAACAUUAAAUUUAUCACAUAAUGCAAUUCAAGAAUUGAAUUCCCUCUGUGCGCCUAAUUUACACGUGCUCGACUUGUCCUUUAAUAAAUUAACGGAUUUGAACAAAAACACAUUUAAUCAAACCACCAAAAUGAACAGUUUGAAUUUGUCAUUCAAUUCAAUUGGGAAUUUAGAAGUCGAAAUAUUCGCGUACAUGCCGGAUUUGAAGUAUUUAGCAUUAAGACGAACAAAUUUAAGCAGCAUUCGAUUGGGCACUUUUUCGCAUCAACAUAAUUUGGUCUCACUCGAUCUUUCGGUGAAUUUAUUGAAAGAGCUGGACUUUAAGCUGUUUAUGCCAGUUCUCCAUGAUCUACAAACACUUCGUUUGGCAGGAAAUCAGCUAUCGCGUUUGAACGGCUUUCGUAAUGCGCUAUUCCCAAAGUUAGAACUGCUGGACAUAACAGACAAUCGAUUUAACUGCUCGUAUUUGCACCGUUUCAUGGAGACCAUCAAUUGGGAACAUCUUCGUCUUCAUCUUGCUCCACAUUCGGCUGGAGAAACAAACAUCGGUGGAGUUCGAUGUGAUGACAUACUUUAUGAACAUACCGACAGUGAAACUACAGAUGACAUCCCCAACGAGAAUAAAUCGUUGGAGAUCGUUUUGAAAGAAACUUUAUCACAGUUAAACCAAAAAACUAAUGAUAAUAUAUUCACGAUUAUUAUAAUUCUGUUAGUAUUGAUUUCUUUGAUUUUAACUGCUAAUUUCACCGUAUUCUUGAUACUUAACCGUGAUCGCAUUCGCGACCAGUGUUUAAGAACUAAUUUUGCAAAUGAUCGACCAUUAUCAGCCACAUACAACACAGAACGAGCUGAAACACUACUCUUGUAA